UCGCUGCUUUGACAUUUACCAGACAACUUAUUUGGAUAAAGUGCGGGGUUCACCAAUGUCUCUCCGUCGGUUCUCCGGGGGUUCCACCACAAGCUUCUCGGGUAGAGGCGCCGUUACAUCUCCCGUGAUGGAAACAUCCGGGAGCCCUGUCGAAGGCGGCAGGGAGUUGUUCGAGGCCUGCCGAAACGGAGAUGUGGAGAGAGUGAGAAAGCUGGUGAGUCCGGAGAACGUAAAUAGCCGCGACACGGCGGGCAGAAAAUCUGCUCCUCUCCACUUUGCAGCGGGCUUUGGGCGUAGGGAGGUGGUGGAGUACCUUCUUCUGAGGGGAGCGGACGUGCACGCUCGGGAUGACGGGGGUCUCGUCUCCCUGCACAACGCCUGCUCCUUCGGUCACGGGGAGGUCGUGAAGAUGCUACUUCACCACGGCGCGGAAGCCAACUCCAAGGAUAAUUGGAACUACACCCCGCUCCACGAAGCUGCCAUCAAGGGCAAGAUCGACGUUUGCAUAAUGCUUCUUCAACAUGGCGCUGAGCCAUCUAUCCGCAACACUGACGGCAGAACAGCUCUGGAUUUGGCAGAGGCGUCCACCAAAGCUGUGCUCACAGGUGACUACCGCAAGGAGGAGGUGCUGGAGAGUGCCAGGAGUGGCAAUGAGGAGAAACUGAUGACCUUGCUCACGCCUCUGAAUGUCAACUGCCACGCCAGCGAUGGGAGGAAGUCGACUCCUCUGCAUCUGGCAGCGGGCUACAACCGAGUGAAGACCGUACAGCUGCUCCUACAGCACGGGGCCGACGUCCACGCAAAAGACAAGGGUGAUCUGGUGCCCCUCCACAACGCCUGCUCCUAUGGACACUACGAGGUCACAGAACUACUUCUGAAGCACGGUGCCUGUGUGAACGCCAUAGACCUGUGGCAGUUCACGCCCCUGCACGAGGCCGCGUCCAAGAACCGCUCGGAGGUCUGCUCUCUGUUGCUAAGCUACGGAGCUGACCCCACCUUCCUCAACUGUCACCACAAGAGUGCCAUUGACAUGGCCCCAACAAGCCAGCUGAAGGAGAGACUGGGAUAUGAGUUUCGUGGCCAUGCCCUGCUGCAGGCGGCCAGAGAGGCGGACAUGGCUCACCUGAAGAAACACCUCACCAUGGAGACAGUCAACUUCAGACACCCACAGACCCAUGACACCGCCCUGCACAGUGCCUCAGCAUCUCCAUACCCCAGGAGGAAGCAGGUGUGUGAGCUGCUGCUCAGGAAAGGAGCCAACGUCAACCAGAAGAACAAGGACUUCCUGACCCCACUACACCUGGCGGCGGAGAAGUCUCAUGUUGACGUCAUCGAAGUGCUGGUGAAACACGAAGCUAAGGUGAAUGCUGUGGACCAUCUAGGCCAGACGGCGUUGCACCGCGCGGCCCACUGUGGCCACCUGCAGGCCUGUAGGCUGCUGCUGAGCGCCGGGUGCGACCCCCUGUUGCCAUCACUACAGGACUAUACACACACACAACUAGCCACACACAACAUACAGGAGCUCAUGCAAGAGAGAACUCUGGUUGGAAACUCGGACACAGACAGACAGCUUUUGGAAGCAUCCAAAUCUGGAGACCUGGAUGUGGUCAAGAAGCUGUGCACGAUGCAGAAUGUGAACUGCCGGGACGUGGAGGGUCGCCAGUCCACCCCUCUGCACUUCGCAGCAGGCUACAACAGAGUAGCGGUGGUGGAGUUCUUACUACGGAAUGGAGCUGAUGUACACGCUAAAGACAAGGGGGGUCUGGUGCCGCUGCAUAACGCCUGUUCGUAUGGGCAUCGUGAGGUAGCGGAGCUGCUGGUGAUUCACGGUGCCGUGGUGAACGUGGCCGACCUCUGGAAGUUCACACCGCUGCACGAGGCCGCCGCCAAGGGCAAAUAUGACAUCUGCAAACUACUGCUGCAGCACGGCGCCGACCCCACCAAGAGGAACCGUGACGGCCACACCGCUCUGGACCUGGUGAAGGAGGCGGAGACGGACAUCCAGGACCUGCUCAGGGGAGAUGCGGCCCUGCUGGACGCAGCCAAGAAGGGAUGCCUGGCCCGGGUCAAGAAGCUCUGCAGCCUGGCUAACGUCAACUGCAGAGACACACACGGACGACACUCCACACCCCUACACCUGGCAGCUGGCUACAAUAAUCUGGAGGUGGCCGAGUAUCUCCUUCAGCACGGGGCCGAGGUCAACUCACAAGACAAGGGAGGCCUCAUACCGCUACACAACGCUGCCUCUUACGGGCAUGUGGACGUGGCAGCGCUCCUGAUACGCCACCAGGCGUGUGUGAACGCCAGUGACAAGUGGGCCUUCACGCCGUUACACGAGGCCGCGCAGAAGGGCCGCACGCAGCUGUGUGCCCUGCUCCUCGCCCACGGCGCCGACCCCGCGUUACGCAACCAGGAGGGACAGGCGCCGCUUGAGCUCGUCACGGCGGAUGACGUGCGGGCGCUGCUCACGGCCGCCAUGCCCCCCUCCGCUCUGCCCUCCUGCUACAAGCCUCAGGUCCUCAGCGUGCCCGCCUCAGUCAACCUCGCUGGCAUCAAGGGCAUCACAGGCACCACCACUAGUGGCGGCGGAGGCAGAGUACCAGCACCUCCCCUCUCCACCUCCACCUCCUCCUCCUCCUCCUCCUCGUCUUCCUCUUCUUCUCAGUUGGCCUUUUCCUCCUCCUCCUCCACCUCCUCGCCGCUCCCUCCGUGCCCCGUGCCCGGCAUUGGCAUGGAGCUGAGCAUCAGCCAGUUCCUGCAUGACCUGAGUCUGGAGCAGCUUCUGGAGAUCUUCGAAAGGGAACAGAUCACCCUGGACGUGCUGGUGGAGAUGGGUCAUAAGGAACUGAAGGAGAUCGGCAUCAACGCCUACGGCCAUCGCCACAAGAUCAUCAAGGCCGUGGAGAGAUUACUCAGUGGACCACAGAGUCUGAGCCCGUACCUGACCCUGAAUACCGCCAGCAGCGGCACUGUUCUCAUAGACCUGGGGCCAGACGACAAGGAGUUCCAAUCCGUGGAGGACGAGAUGCAGAUCACCGUCAGAGAACACAGAGACGGAGGCCAUGCAGGAGGGGUCUUCAACAGGUACAAGAUCGUCAAGAUCCAGAAGGUGUGUAACAGGAAGCUGUGGGAACGCUACAGCCAUCGCAGGAAGGAGGUGUCGGAGGAGAACCACAACCACUCCAACGAACGCAUGCUCUUCCAUGGUUCCCCAUUUGUGAAUGCCAUUCUCCACAAGGGUUUUGACGAGCGCCACGCCUACAUCGGCGGCAUGUUCGGGGCGGGCAUCUACUUUGCUGAGAACUCGUCCAAGAGCAACCAGUAUGUGUACGGCAUCGGCGGGGGCACCGGGUGCCCCUUGCACAAGGACAGGUCCUGCUACACCUGCCAGAGGCAUCUCCUGUUCUGCCGGGUGACACUUGGCAAGUCAUUCCUGCAGUUCAGUGCCAUGAAGAUGGCCCACUCCCCCCCAGGUCAUCAUUCCGUAACCGGCCGCCCCAGUGUCAAUGGACUGGCCCUGGCAGAGUACGUCAUCUACCGAGGGGAACAGGCCUACCCGGAAUACCUAAUCACCUACCAGAUCCUCAAGCCGAACUGCUCUGCAGACUGAAGAAAGGUGCUUGCUUUGGAGAUCAGUGGGACGGAGAAAUGGGGCCAAAGGAA